AUGUAUCAUGAGCGACAGUCAAGACAGAUGUGCCUCGUACAUGCUUUGAAUGCCUUGUUUCAAAAACCACAAUUUACAUCUCAUUCGUUAGAUGAAAUAUGUUACGCCCUCAAUGGAAAUCGAUGGUUCAAUCCACACAGGUCAUUUUUUGGACUCGGUAAUUACGACGUGAACGUGUUGUUGUCAGCUUUGGACAAGUAUGAUUUCAAGGUGAGCGAAGGGCUAGUUCGAAUGCCAGUAGAGCGGAUUCGUUUCGAAAAUUUACAUGCACUAAUUGUCAAUGUUCCGACCAAAAGCUACUUUCCUCUAUGGAGAGGGCGGCAUUGGUACACAAUCCUUCGACAGGACGAUGGCAAGUUCGUUAAUCUCGAUUCAAAGCUCAAUCAACCGGAAGAAAUCCCUGAUAUUCCUGAACAUUGUCGUAGUCUACUGAACAAAUCGCAUGAAGGAAAUCAAUUAUUUCUUGUUGGUAAAUGUGACCCAUCUCUCUUUUUGUUACCCGAAUAG